UCACCGAAAAUGUUAGUUCUAAUGGCUGUGCCCCGGCACAAAGUGUGCGCCAGUGGCGUGCACCAAGAAGAAGCAGGGCCGGGCGUUGGGCAGAAGCGGCUGUGAGCCGGGCCUGCGGCUCUCUUCGGGAGUGCCAUUUUCCCUUGGAAGAACAGUGAGCAGCUGCACUGGUGAUUCUCCGCCAAAACCACUCUGUCACAUCAGGGAAAACACAGCUGAUGCCGCGGGUAGGAUUUUCCAGUGAACAUCUGGACUCUGGAGAACUCACCUUUGCUCCCGUGCACCUGGUGCCUGCCCGGCGCUGGAGGCUGCUGGAUGCGCCGCGCGGCAGUGCCAGCCUCUGUGCUGCGUGGGUCCCUCGUGAGGAAGCGCGCCGUGUGAAGGCCGAGCGCCCCGUGAGUGCUUGCUUCCCCGACGUGUGGAGUCUGCAAAGCAUAUUUGGGUCCGUGAUUCCUCCCAGUGUAAGCAGCCAAUGGGUACUAGUAUCCCAGUCCCCAAAUGCCCCUGAGAUAAUUUCAAACUCUGCAAGGGCUUCUCACUUGGAGAGAAUUCCAGUGCCCAACUUCUAGCGUGAGACAGGAGUGUAGGCAGUUAUCUGCAAAGGCUGCUGAUGCUCCCCUCCCUUUCCAACCACACAUCCUUCCAGAUGUUCAUCGCUUCUGCCAGAGACCGAUGCGGCAGCAGAGGAACCCCGCUAAAGUCUGUCCCACAAGACAUUACAGAGAUCGAGACAUUACAGAGAUCGGCAAAAAGGGAACACAGCACGGCGCUUCUUACUAAAUUUUGUGUGGGUUUUAUAGUUAUUUUUAAGUAGAAGUUUUAUUAUUGUAAAGUGAAUUCAUUAGCAUAAUUUGAAGAGGAAUUAGUGAAGGCCAUGGUGUGGGAGGCGGAGUUUGAACGAAACCGACAUCGAGAACACAGUGCAGAGAAAGAGACGAGAAGCUUCCGAUGGCUCCAGGGAGCUGCUGACCCCAGCCGGCUCCGAGCUGACCCUGGCUCCCGCCUCCCGCCCUGUGAUCAGUGCCUGUGUGAGUGGCUCCCUCACCAGGCCGCCCUGCCGGAAGUCCAGGGGUUGCUGAAGUCUGCAGGCGCUAAGCCCUGCCCGACUGCACCCAGGUCGCGACCAUCCUCUCCAGAUCAGCUGCUGGGCCUGAGCCCCGUGCCCCCAGAUUCGAAUGGUGGAGUGCGCCACCCGCCCCUCGCUGCGACCUCACGGGGACACCAUGCCCAUAGGAGUGGCCGUAGGAGACAGGCCUCGUCCUUGGGGAGAGGCGCGCCUUGGGACACAGACACCCAGCGCCCUGGGACGAGGGGCAGGGACAGGAGGGGACCGCCACCCACCGUGCCCCCUCUCGGCCUGGAAGGGCCUUGUCCCCAGAUAGGGCACAGAGUCUGCGCUGAACUUCCUGCCCUGGGACCUCGCUGUGCCCCGGUCGGUCGCCCAGGUGCUGAGCCCUCCCUCCCUUCCUUCCUGCCUGCCUGCCUGCCUGCCUUCCUUCCUUCCUUCCCUCCUUCCUUCCUCCCUCAGUGUGCAGGCCAGGCCACUCCCUCCCGACACCUGAUCCCUUGGCCUUCCCAGCCCUCUGAGCUGCCCCAGGACUGACUGUGCCGGCUGUGUGGGUCCCCAGGCCUGGUGUCUCCUACCCCCAGAGCACCCUUUGAAGCCUCCUUGACAUGCUCUCUGACCACAACUUCACCCACUCUCUGGCAGGUGCCAACUUCCUUCAACUUUUUUUUUUUUUUUGCAGCCCUGGGGAUCGAACCCAGUCUCCCCGUACUGUG